CCUCCACAUGGCCCCUUAUGCAACAAUGUUUUGUCUAAGCCUCUGUGAAGCAUAUGCCCCAGCAGUAGAGGUGUUCUGCUCUGGCUGUACUAUCGUCUCAAGUGUCUCUGCUCCAUCUCUCUCUCACUAUGUCUGUCCAGCUGGUUGUAGCUCUCCUGGCUCUAGGUUUUCUGAGUGCUGCAUCUGCACCGGUCUGUAAAGAACUGGUCAAACCCCUGGUUCUGGAGGACCAUACUGAGGUAAGUUGUGAUCAUAGUACUAAACAUGAUCUUUUGGACUUAAUGACUAUGUCGCAGAUGACACUACUCCCUCUCCAGAAAACCUACUUUGGCCAGAGCCAAAGACUCUGGGGAAUAAGGUGUCAUUUUGAGACAUGGCCAUUUAUUUUACAAGUAAGAGCUAUUUGUGGCAAAUCAAUGAAAGCAUGUGAUUAUUUAUUUUGGGACAGUGACAGAUGCUGUGCAGUAUACAUACAGAUUUAGGAUCUUAAUUUGACCAGUAUUGUCAUGGCAAAAUAAUCCUGCAGCAACAGGAUUUGAACAUUUAGUCCAUAAUGUUGUUUGAUCAGUGGUUAGGCUAUUAGCUGGACAAAAGUAGGCUACAUGAAAAGUGCAAUAACUGUGUGUUAGUGUGGGUUUUCAGUUAAUUUAUGUAAAUCAUGAAGCUCAUUUGCAUUUCCUGCAGCGUAGGAAGAUUCUCAGCAACAAAAGGUGCUAUCUAGAACCUUAAAGGGUUCUUCAGCUGUCCCCUUAGGAGAACCCUUUGAAGAACCCUUUUUGGUUCCAGGUAGAAAGAACCCUUUUGAGUUCCAUGUAGAACCCUUUUCAUAGAGGGUUCUACAAAGAACCCAAAAGGGUUCUACCUGUAACCAAAAAGGGUUCUCCUAUGGGGACAGCCGAACAACCUCUUUGGAACCCUUUUUUCUAAGAGUGUACUUAUCGGUUUUUUUCAACUUCAAAUGGUCCAAGUUGGGUUAAGGAUACUGCAAUGAAGAUGGUUUGAAACUCAUGGAUUUUUCCUUGUCUGUGACUGGUAGAUCUAUGGCAAAUGGGUGUAUGUGAUGGGGUCUGCGGAUCAUUCAGUCUUCCAAAACGCUUUGGGGACUCUGAAAAGCUCCUGGAUAGACCUGUCGGCUACAUCUGACCAUCAAGUAGUCACAUUACGUUGGGGAGACCGCAUGUAAGUCUGGUUAGGUUGUGGAUAUGAAUAUGGACUGUAACAAAUGUCAUUGUAGUUAGGAAUGGGCUUUAAAAAAUAUUAAGAAAGUAUCUGCAAUGGUAGACAUUUCAUUUCACCUUUCUCGGAAAGCAAAGAGAAUGUCUCAGGUUGGCACCUUGUAUAUGCUAACAAGUUUUCCUAAAUAUCAAAUCAGUGAUGGCAAAUGCGUCGUGGGUGCAACAAAUGCUACCAUCUCCGGCACAACCUCCACAGUUCACAGUAAGUGACCUGUGCUCUACUAGUCUGCUUGCCAGAUCUGUCUGUGCUUUAGCCAACACCCUUCUCUGGCGGCUAUGCCAAAUAGGACAUCAACAAAGGCGCGAGUUGGCUAAAGUAGAAACAGACACAGAUUUGGCAACCGGGCUAGCGCUCUACAUCUUAAUGAUGAAAUAAUUUAGCUGCUCAAUAAGAGGGGCUUUAUCCACUUGCCUAUUUAUUGUGUAUAUUGUACUGUACCCAGUGCCUUAUCAUUAUACCAUGUUGUCUUCACUGUAUGUCAUGAUGAUAAGCCUGUAAAGAUUCAGAGAAAAUGUCCUGUUACACUUAAUUUUACAGUUAGAUAUUUUUCAGGUACUUGGAAAUGACAUGGUAAAAAUUUUGCAACAUUAUAAUGACCUAAUAAUUAUAUUUUAGUUUAUUUGGUAGUCACUGAAACCAAAAAGUAACCUGCCAUUUGGUAUAAGGUAAUUACCAAAUGUGUUGAAUUCUUGGAAGAAUCAGCUGAAACAUGCCUAAAAAAGUGUUACCAAAUGUCCUAAUCAUAAUGGAUAAUAAGGCCUUUAUUUUAUUUUGUGGAUCCAGUUCAUUCGUCUGAACACAAAGGUCAGUACCUGGAGACCUGCCCUGACUGCCUGCAAUGGUCAGACACCUCUCGUAGUGGAGACAUCACUGGCAGAUACCUGCUCCUGUUUAGUAAGUCCAAUCAAUCAAUCAAUCAAUCAAUCAAUCAAUCAAUCAAUCAAUCCACUCCCAAACUAGCCUGGACCCAUCUGGAUGUGCUUUAACCAACUCCUAACUGCUGUGUUGGUUCAGUGUCAUGACCAAAAUGUAUGGCCUGACAAUGAUUAUCAGAGUUGGUUUAAGCACAUACAGAUCUGGUACGAAGGUAGCCCCAAGCGAGCGCCACUCAUUGAUGUUGACAAAUAGUAGCAGUGUAGGCAGGCUAUACUCCAGGCAGAGCAUUGUGAAAGUUGAUCCUACAUCGAUAAGGUGCUGAAACAGUAUCUUUCUGUCAAAGGGGUCACUAUUUCAGUAACCAGCGAGUUCAAUGCAAUGUUUUGAAAUACUUAAUGGAAGAUGAGCCUUUUGUUGUCUGUUACCAGCCCUAAAAGAUUUCACAAGCAACAUACUGUUUGGACAGCUCACCAGCCUCCCUCCCCUUCUCUCUCGUUCUCUCUCUCGCUCUCUUUCAGCAAGGUCAGGGAAAAUGGAUCUCACAUACCUGGACACCUAUAAGAAACAGGCAGAGUGCCUGAACUUCCCAGAGACACAUCACACCUAUGAUGGAGAAACA